AUGGAUUUUGCAUCUCUCAUGUCCAAAGAGAUAGCCAAGGCUCGGCCGCAGUCUCCCGCCACCGACCCGUCCAAGAAAUAUCUGAAGCGCGCCGAAAUCGAAGCCGAGCGCAAAGCACAAUACCUGGCCGAGCAACGAGCCAUCGAAGCAGAGCGGGAAGCAAAAUUAGCCCAGAAGCGCAAGAGGGAGGAAGAGGAGGCGGAGGCGAAUCGGGCGCGGGAGGAGAAACGCAGGAAGUUGGCGGAAGAGUCGAGGCGGCGGCGGGAAGAGCAGGAAGCGGAGGAGGAGAGAGCGAGAAGGAAGAGGUUGGGUUUGCCGGAACUGGUGAAAGAGAAGAGUGAGGAGGUCGCUGAAGUCGACGAUAUUCCGGAUGAGGAGUUGAUAGAGAAACUGAGGGCUAGGGGAGAACCAAUAAAGCUUUUUGGGGAGACCCACAAGCAGAGAUUAAGACGGUUUAGGAGGCUAGGUGUUGUGAUGACCACGGGGCCUAUUCCAACGUCUCUGGAGCUGGUGGACGAGAAAGAUAUGAAAGUCGAGGCGGUUCCAAAGGAUGCCGAGGGACGGAAGUAUCUAUUUAGACAGCUGGCUUCUUACUUCACUAUGGUAUUGACGGAGUGGGAGCAGGCUCUGGAGAAGGAGAAGAGGGAUACAUUUGCCAGCAAAGCAGCCUAUAACGCUAUGGUUCAAAGCAAGGAGAGCAUGACACCUUUAUUCCGAAAGUUCGAAAAGGGCGACAUUGAAGAUGGUAUCCUGGAGCCCAUUGUGGAGAUUGUCAAAGCGGCACAAGAACGCCGUUACGUGGAUGCGAACGACGGGUAUUUACGCUUGAGUAUCGGCAAGGCAGCAUGGCCUAUCGGAGUCACCAUGGUUGGUAUCCAUGAGCGAAGUGCUCGGGAGAAGCUGCAUGAGAGCGACAAAGGCCAUGUCAUGGGGGACGAGGUCACAAGAAAGUACUUGCAGAGCAUCAAGAGAUGUUUGAGCUUUGCUCAGGUCAGGUGGCCUCCCGAGGAUAUCAGGCAGCUGAUGGGUUAA